CAAAUAUACACUUUUAAAUUUUUCAAAAUUUAUACUUUUAUUAAAAAUAAUUCAAAAUGGUUGCUACUGAUAAUAAAAAUAUUGCAAUUUUAGGUGCAGGUAAUCUUGGUAUCUCUAUUGGAAGAGGUAUUGCUGCAUCAAAGAAAUAUAGACCAAAUCAAAUUACAUUUACAAAAAGAAAUCUUGAAAAUGUUCAAUAUUUAAAAGAAGAAGGUUUUCAAUUAACUUCAUCAAAUCAAGAUGCCGUUGCCAAAAGUCAAAUUCUUAUUGUAGCAGUAUUACCAGCUCAAGUUCCAUCACUUUUAGAUAGUGUCAAAAGUUUAAUUACUGAGGACCAUAUUAUUAUUAGUGUAGUUUUAGGACUUUCAACUAGUGACAUUCGUUCAUUCAUUAUGACCGAUACACCAAUCGUUAGAGCAAUGCCAAAUACUGCUAUUCAAUUCUGUGAAUCAAUGACCUGUAUUGCAGUUCGUAGUGCUACUGCAUCCCCAGCUGAUACCCCUUACGAAAGAAGAAAGGACCACGCUUUAAAAAUAACUGAAGAUAUUUUUAACUGUUGUGGUCAAUGCAUUACAAUCUCUGAAGAAGCUAUGGUUGCUGCUCCAGCUCUUUGUUCUUGCGGUAUUGCAUUCUUUUGUAGAAUGAUCAGAGCUGCCUCAUCUGCUGGUUGUGAAAUUGGUUUCCAUGCUGAAGAUGCCGUUCGUAUCGCUGCUCAAACUGCUAAAGGUGCUGCUAUUUUAUUAUUACAAAAUGAUCAACAUCCAGAAUCAGAAAUUGAUAAAGUUACUACUCCACAAGGUGCCACAAUUACUGGUUUAAACACCAUGGAGCAUAAUGGUCUUACCAGUUCCAUCAUUAAAGGUAUUGUUUGUGCUGCUGAAAAAUCUGCUAAAAAAGAAGCAAAUAAACAAAAAUAAACAUUUUAUUUUUAUUUAUUCCAUUUCAUUUUAUUUAAAAUAGGAAUAAGUUCUCAAUUUUUUAUAACAUAC